UGGUGAUGGUUAUUGCAUCCUGCCUUCUGCCACCCUGCGAAGCUUUAUUGUGAAUGGCUUACAGCGUCUCUGUCAAACUGCAGCGCAAUUUCUGUGUGGUACCUUCUGGAUAUUACCGAGAAGCAAGUUUGCAGUUACAGAUGAAGUCUGCUGGCACUGUUGAUCUGGAUUUGUUCACAGACACCUACUGCAAGGUCUGCAGUGCUCAACUGAUCUCUGAGUCUCAGAGAGUCGCCCAUUAUGAGAGUCGGAAGCACGCGAGCAAGGUUCGCCUAUACUACAUGCUUCACCCCCUCGACGGAGGAUGCCCCGCCAAGAAGCUCCGGUCGGAAAACGGAAGUGAUGAGGGGGACGUGGACAAGAACAAAUGCUGCACGCUCUGCAACAUGUCCUUUACUUCGGCUGUAGUGGCCCAGUCACAUUACCAAGGGAAAAUUCACGCCAAGAGACUGAGACUAUUACUGGGAGAGGAGUCACCUCUGGGAGCAGAACCAAAGCAGAUUCCCUCAAGUCGCAGUUCGAUAACAAACCCACCAAGACAGAGGCGAGACUCAGGCAGGUUCUGCCAGCUCUGCACUGCUUGGUUUAAUAACCCGAUGAUGGCACAGCAGCAUUACGACGGUAAAAAACACAAGAAGAACGCAGCGCGGGCAGAUUUAUUGGAACAACUGGGGCAGACCCUGGACCCCGAGGCACUCAGAGCACUAAGGCGCAGUUACACCUGUAGUUUGUGCCAUGUGGUCCUGAAUUCAAUAGAACAAUACCACGCCCAUCUCCAAGGGUCCAAACAUCAGACCAACCUGAAAAACCGACUAUGAGAUUCAAGAGCAAAUCUGUGAAUGGAGCCCCACUUCAAGCAGUUCUACGUUCCGAACCGGAUAGUCACAUUUUGCAUCCUGCAGAAAUGGGUACUUCCUACAUUUGAACAUUUUACUUUCUGAAACAGAGGCAACUCGCUGUGAUGUCGGUCACUCACACUGCCCGGAGGAAGCACAUCCAAUUGGCUGCCCCGUGAGUGAGAGCUUUGAAGGCAAAAUAAAAACUGACUCCCCCAUCCCAGUCAUCAUAGGAAAACAGCUGCGAUGACUCCCUUCAGCUGGUAUUUUGCCCCAGACUGGGAGAUUUCAAAAUAAGGCCGCAUUCCUGCAAAAAAAUAAAAUCUAAAGCUAUUUCUGGAAGUACUGAAACUAACUGAAGGAAGAACUUGCAUUUAUAUAUAACCCAUCACAAUACAACAAGUCCCAAAACAUCUUAGUAUCUAAUAAGUACUUUUGAUGUGUAAUCAGUUUUGAAAACAAUAGUGAUCAAUUUGGGCCCACAAGCAGGAGAAUUGGUCUAAGUCUAUCGUGAGCUAUUUUACAUUUCAGCUGAAAAGAACAUAGGAGAGUCUGUUUUAAUCCAAAUGACAGGACCUCCAGUGGUGCAACAUUUACGUCAUUGAGAUGUCAGCCUCAAUUACAUGCUUAAGCUCUGAAGCAGAGCUUGAACCCAGGGGAGUGCAAUGAAGAAACCGAUGAUUCAGUAGGUUGGAAUCCUGUUUAUCUGUCAGUGAGACUAGCAUUGCAAUCUGGUUCAGUCAUCCAGUAGGGAGUCUCCUACUUGAAUGUCCAAACAGUUCAAAGUGAAUUUUCCUUGCCUUUACAAAUCCAAAACUUUUUUAAAAAAACCUUUUCUUGAAGGUUUUCAGAGGGAGGAAACAGUGCACUUUUAAACAAAUUGUUACUGCUGUGAGAUAAUCAUAACCCUUUGACUAGCCCUUAAACUCAGGACACUGGAAAUUAAUCACAUUAAAGUGGAUAGUCAACUUUGCGACAAAACCUGGUGAUGCCAGCAGAUCACAUGUUAUACUGAAUCUUGUCCUGUUACACCAGCACUGCAGAGUACCUGUUUAAUUUAUAGCACUGACUGCAGAUACAACUCAACCCGAAUCUUAGAAGAAUUGCUCGAAUUGAAGCAAGGUAGAAUUUUCUAAGCUGCCUCACUGAGAAAGUGAAAAACUGAGUGGCAAGUUUUAUUUUUCCUUCUACUGACAUGCUCACUGUUAACUGAGUGGUUGCACCAGGGAGCUUGCAGUCAGCUGACAGACGCACUCUCACUCAGCUGACUGGGAAUAUUGAAACAGCUUGCCUCAGUGCGAGGUAAUUAGAGAGGAUGCAAGCUGGUGAAUCAAAGCUCCACUAUAUGCCCACAGCAGCAAUGAUCUUUGGCCUCAGCAUUUGCAUUUUUGAUGAAUCCACAGGUUUUUGUUUGAUGGAAAAGCAGGUUGCAAUGUGCCGACUAGUUAAAUAAUUCCAUUAAGCUACAACAAACCCCACUGGCUUCAGAAAACUGCAAAAUUACUUCAAAGGGCAAGUUUGAAGUUAGGAUAUAACUUUAUAAGCAAAAAAAACAAACUGUUGGAAGAACAAUGGGUUGAGCAGCAAAGGAAUUGUCGACAUUUCAGCUCGAGACCCUGCAUCACAUCCCGCGUAACUUUGUCAACUUGAAAUCUACAAUAUAUUCAAAUGAUUGAAAUUUAUGUGUGUUGUUGCAAUUUCCUGUUGAAAGUAGUUUUGCAUUUAUUUCACGAAAUAAAAUGGUGUAAUACACUUUAAUUUCCAGCAGCAAAAGACUUUAUUCUAGCCACAUUUUUAAAGACUGCAAACCUACAAUGUUUUAGAAUAAAAAAAUAUAGUCAGUUUAAAAUGUUUGUUCAAGCAUUUGUUGUGAUAUAGACACUGAAGUCCUGGGUGACUCUGAUAAAUGGGUAUACAAUACUGAGUAUGUAAAGGAGAUGACAGGGGUACCGUUGGGUGCUGGGUUUCCCAAACUGUCUGAACAUUAGGCAGACAGCUAGAAGGUGCCCUGAGAGAAGGGAGUACAGUCCAAGUGACGGACAGUCACUCUACCUUCUCCAAUAGAAGCUUGUAUUCACAGUAAAAAAAAAUUAGUACUGGACAAAGUCAAUUACUACAGCAAAACAUGGCCUAAGACCAUAAGGUAUAAGAACAGAAUUGGUCCUUCAGUACAUUCAUUCAAUCAAUCAUGGCUGAAUUUUUUUUUCCCCAAAUCCAUUCUCUUGCCUUCUCCUCAUAACCCUUAACAUUCUUACCCAUCAAGUAUCUACUAAUCUCUGCUUUACAUACACCCAGUGACUUCUCCUCCACAGCCAUCGGCGGCGACGAAUCCACAGAUUCACAACCCUCCAGCUAAAGAAAUUCCACCUCCUCUCUGCUCUGAAUGAACGUCCCUUUAUUCUGGGGGUGUGCCCUUGGAUCCUAGACUCUCUCAUUAAUUCAAUAUUCAAGUUAGAGAUACAACACCAUAAUAGGCCCUUCUGGCCCAAUGAGUCCACGCUGCCCGAUCACACCCAUAUAACCAAUUAACCUACUCACCCAUACGUCUUUGGAAUGUGGGAGGAAACGAGAGUACCCGGAGGAAACCCACACAGUCACGGAGGGAAAGUACAAACUCCUUACAGACAGCGGUGGGAAUUGAAUCCCAGUCACUGGCACUGUAAGGCGAUGCGCUACCACUACACUACUGUUCCGCGGCUGGAAACAUCCUCUCCACGUCCACUCUAUCCAGGCCACUCAGCGUGUCCGUGUUGAACCUGAACUUGGGACAGGAGGUCCAGCAGAAACUUUUUCAUGGGAGCAAUGUAAUGAGUCCACCAGUGAGUCUGUAAUGUCCCCUCAGCGAUAUUUAUGGGCCUCUGUAAAACGACUGCUUCUUUGCUGAUGGUGGGGAAAGACUUUGGAGAACGUGUGGAUUGCUUCUUUGCGGAAAAUGGUUUCUGUUCUUCUGCCUGUGUAUUCACAACAAAGUGCUCAAAUAUUAUAAAUAAGGUGUAUUUAUUCCACUUGAUGAAUUCUACCUUUGCUGUGUGCAAUAAAACUUUG